ACGAAUGAGGAUCGUUUCGAACACCUUGGACGGCCAAGUUCACCAUUUUCUAAGCUCCUCUGCGGGGAUCGACUCUGCCUUGUACGCUCGUUUCCUCCAGCACUUCACCGACCACCGCCUUCCUCUUCAAGCGAAGCAGCUACACGCGCAACUCAUCCUUUCCUCUGUCACGCCCAGCAACUACCUCGCUUCCAAACUUAUUACUCUGUACGCCAAAACCAACCACCUAAGAUACGCCCGUCACGUGUUCGAUCAAAUUUCCUACAAGAACACCUUUUCUUAUAAUGCCAUGCUCAUAUCAUAUUCCUUCUGUAAUCGCCACGCAGACGCAUUGAAACUUUUCUCGUCGUUAGCCUGUUCGAGUUCAGUGAAUGCUAGCCCUGACAAUGUCUCUAUCACGUCCUUGUUAAAGUCAUUGUCUAGUUUGUUGUUUAUUGAUGUUAAAUUGGGUAAGGAGGUUCAUGGUUUUGGUCUGAGAAGGGCGUUCGAUGCUGAUGUUUACGUUGAGAAUGCUUUGAUUACGUUUUAUUCUACUUGUGAUGAAUUGGUUUUAGCGAGGAAGGUGUUUGAUAGAGUGAGAAAAAGAGAUGUGGUGACGUGGAAUUCGAUGAUUGCGGGUUAUUCUCAGGGAGGUUUCUAUGAGGAGUGCAAGAGAUUGUAUAAGGAAAUGGUUGAGUUUUCUGGUUUUAAGCCUAACGGGAUCACUAUGGGCAGUGUCUUGCAAGCAUGUGGGCAAACAAUGGACCUUGUUUUUGGAAUGGAAGUUCAUAGAUUUAUUGUUGAUAAUCAGGUUGAAAUGGAUCUUUCACUUUGUAAUACUUUGAUUGGAUUUUAUGCGAAAUGUGGGAGCUUGGAUUAUGCAAGGGAAUUGUUUGAAUUGAUGAGUGAAAGGGAUGAAGUUACUUAUGGGGCUAUUAUUUCCGGGUUCAUGCUUCAUGGAUAUGUUGAUCAAAGUCUGGAUUUAUUCAGAGGAAUGAAAACUCACCUGUUAAGUACAUGGAAUGCAGUUAUUUCAGGUUUGGUACAAAAUAAGCAGUAUCAGAGGGCCUUAGAUUUGACUAGAGAAAUGCUGGUUCUUGGUUUUCGACCUAAUGCUGUAACACUCUCAAGCAUCCUUCCUACCUUUUCAUAUUUUUCAAGUUUGAAAGGAGGGAAAGAGAUGCAUGCUUAUGCUGUUAAAUAUGGUUAUGAUGGCAAUAUCUAUGUUGCAACUGCCACUGUUGAUAUGUAUGCAAAGUUAGGAUAUCUUGGCGGGGCACAGAGAGUGUUUGGUCAAUCAAAAGGUAGGAGCUUGAUUAUUUGGACUGCAAUAAUCUCAGCCUAUGCUAUCCAUGGAGAUGCUAAUAUGACUCUUGGUCUUUUUCAUGAGAUGUUGAAUAGUGGAAUGCAGCCGGAUCUAGUCACUUUCACUGCAGUGUUGACAGCUUGUGCUCAUUGCGGAAUGGUGGAUGAAGCCUUGGAGAUCUUUGAGGCUAUGUUUAACAAAUAUGGUGUUCUGCCUUUGGUUGAGCAUUAUGCUUGCGUGGUAGGUGCUCUAAGCAGGGCAGGGCGACUCUCUGAAGCUAAGGAUUUUGUUUCUAAAAUGCCAAUCAAGCCAAGUGCAAGUGUUUGGGGUGCAUUGCUGCAUGGAGCUUCUGUUGCCGGUGAUGUUGAACUUGGCGAGUUCAUUUGCGAUCAUUUGCUUGAAAUUGAACCGGAAAAUACCGGCACUUAUGUCAUUAUGGCCAAUUUGUAUUCCCAGGCAGGGAGAUGGAAAGAAGCUGAUGAGGUCAAAGAAAGGAUGAAUAAACUUGGCUUAAAGAAGUUAGUUGGCAAUAGCUGGAUAGAAACUAGUAAAGGAAUACAAAGCUUUAUUUCUAUGGAUAAAUCUAGUGAAGAUGCUGAAGGGAUAUAUGUAAUAUUGAAAGGGUUGGUUGGGAUGAUGAGAGAGAAAAGGGAAGUUGUGCAAUAUGAGCUUGAUGAGGAGAGUAUUUAUGGUUGAGCAGUAAAUUCACAAGUGCAAACGGAUAUGAUGUAAAAUAGGAAGAGGCAUUAUUUUAUUCAGAGGCCGGAAAUCUAAUGCUUAGAAUUGGAAUGCCUAUGAAGAAAAGACUCAUUAUUUCUUGAAUUUUUAUUUGAUAAAUUGUUGUUGUGCAA